AUGUCUCCCCCCCGCGAAUCAGUCACCCGCCCGCGACUGCAGCGCUCCCCCGCGCAAGGGUUACGGAAAUCAUUCCAUACAACUACCACUAUCACAACCACAGGUAUCUUCCGUAUCUUCGAAGUGCAAAGCAAAGCAGAUGAGGAAUUCGCGGAAUUUGCCGGCUAUCUAGGAAGUCAGCACGAUUAUUCCGUCCAUGACAACGAAGCGGCUGGGAUCAUGGAUUUGUUCGAUUUCUCAAAGCCGCUACUCCGGGAAAAAAUCAGAGGCAGUCAGACAGGUGGAUAUUCAGCACCCUCAAAGGAAUCUGUCUACACUGAUGAUCUUGUUGUCUCACGAAAGAAAGGAAAAGACUACGUCAAAGAAUAUUUAGAAAAAGAGAAGUCAAUCCCCGUUGAAGUUGAACAACCAUUUGAUCCCUUGACAGGAAAGUACAUUCCAAAACGCACCGGCCCAAGUUCACUUUCGCAAGUGGACGAUUUAACAUCCACCGGCUCAGUCGCAAAUCUCGGGGACUUUGUAGCAGCGAGAACUUUGAACGAUGUCUACACCAGAUACAAAUUUGAUCAAAAGCCACCAUCGAACCUACUAGUCUCUCGGCAUAAAGAAACGAUACUGGAUCACGUAAACAGCUACAGAGUGACAGUCAUCCAAGGUGCUACAGGCUGUGGUAAAACAACUCAAGUGCCGCAGUUCAUCCUUAAUCAUUUCGCAGCGUAUCGUGAAUACUGUAACAUUGUUGUUACUCAGCCAAGACGUAUUGCCGCCUUGAGCGUUGCCCACAGAGUUGCCUCGGAACGAAGCUGUGAUGUUGGUACCUUAGUCGGCUAUCAGGUAGGGCAAGAAACUAAAGGAAAAAGCGAAGAAACUAGGCUGCUCUACUGCACCACAGGAGUUUUGCUGGAGAAGUUAAUCAAUGCCAAAAACUUGGACGACUACACUCACAUUAUACUUGAUGAAGUUCACGAAAGAGAUCAAGAAACAGACCUCCUUCUUGUUGUAAUCAAAAAGCUUAUGACAAGAUCUCCUCGAACAAGAAUCAUUUUAAUGUCCGCAACUCUGGAGGCACAGAAGCUAGCACACUACUUCCCAAUAAAGAUCUAUAAUGAAAAUAGAGACUGUCCAGUAAUUGAUGUCGGUGAAAAGAUGAAUUACGAUGUCAAAAUAUUUUAUUUGGAUGAUUUAAAACCUUGCCAGACGUUAUUUCUUCAAAAUGAUAACCUGAUUGAAUUUCAUAAACCUGAUAUCGGCCGAGGAAUGUAUGAGCUUGCAAUCUACUUGUUGAAGAAUUUUGACCACAUAGAAAAGAAUGACUUGCCAAAUGGCUUAAUCAAUCCACGAGGAUAUGUUCUGGUGUUCCUUCCUGGUCUCUUGGAAAUUGAACAGAUGCACCAGAUGAUAACAAACGAUGAAACUGACCGAAAACUCAAGUGGUCAGUGCAUGUUCUUCACUCCAGCAUUACCAUUGAGGAGCAGGAUAUAGCGGUCAAGUUGUCAGCACCCCCUGGUCACCGCAAAAUUUUUCUCUCAACCAACAUCGCUGAAAGCUCUUUAACCAUGAAAGAUGUCAAAUACGUAAUCGACUUCUGCCUAACAAAACAACUCAGGUGUGAGACUGGAACAUCAUUCACUCACUUGCAGAAAGUCUGGGCCUCUCACAGCAACUGCACCCAAAGAGCUGGUCGUGUCGGUCGAACGGAUUCAGGGAAAGUUUAUCGGCUUGUUCCAAAGGAAUUUUAUGAGGUGGAGAUGUUACCUCGUUUGCAGCCAGAAAUUUGUGUUAACCCCCUAGACCGUGUGGUUUUGAAAACAAAAGUUUUAGACAUGGGACCACCCAUUGCCAUUCUGGCCGCUGCAUUGGACCCACCAGAUCUUUCAAACAUAGAAAUGACUGUCGCCACGCUGAAGGAACUAGGCGCUUUACUUCGCACGGUAGGCGACGAAUAUAAGGAGGAUGAUGGAGAUCUGACCUUUGCCGGGCGACUGAUGGCCACCUUGCCCCUAGACCCUCGUCUUUCCAAACUGAUUUUGCUGGGGUUCAUUUUUGGCUGUUCAGAUGAUUGUAUCAAAAUCGCAUGUGCUAUGUCAAACAAGAGCUUAUUUAGUAAUCCUUUCAAUAGAAAAUAUGAGUCCUAUGAAGCUAGAUUGUUAUGGGCAAACGCAUCCACUUCAGACCUUAUCGCAAUUUUGAAUGCCUAUACAGCCUGGGAAAAGGCACUUGAUCAGAAGAAUUUCAUGCACACUGGCCUUGGAACUCCAGAAGAAAAUGAAAAGAGAUGGCUUAGAGAUUAUUUUCUCCAGAGUCAUCCACUCAGGGCUACAAAGAUCUUGAUCAUGGAUGUUCAAAAACGUUUACUGCAUCUUGAUAUUGUCAAUACAGUCAACUCAAAACUGAACCUGAACGAUUACGAGAAAGCUUUGGUGUUAAAGGUGGCGAUUGCUGGUGCUUUCUACCCCCAGUAUUUCACUAGAGGCUGUGGAAAUUCAAUCGAUGAGCAGGAAGCGCUGAAAAUUCUCUUCAACAAUGACCCGUUCUCUACUGUCUUACUGACAGGAUUGCCAGCAGAGCAGCCUGGUGUUUUGUAUGUUUCUCAAAUCAAAGAUCAGUUGUCAAAAUGUUGUGAUAAAGAAAACAUGCGCGUUUCAUUUGACAAAAGCAGCAAAGUUUAUGUGCAAUUCUACAAUGAGUUUUGGAAAAAUCCAGAAAAACCAAUUGGAAAGUUCUUCACAACCUCUAAAAUACCUGGAAAAAUUCAUCCCUCUGUUUAUGGCGCUCUUAAACUUCGACAGCUUAAAAUUCCUAUAAAACUCGAUUUACUACCGGUAGAUGAAGCUAUGGCAAAAGCCAAGGAACUCGGUCUUGUAAAGGAGGAAAAACAAUGUUUUGGAAUCAAUUUCACAGAAGUCAAACCAAAAAUUGAAAAUUUUAUUCCAGAGCCCUCAGUGAAGAAGAUUGCUGUCUCCGUCACUCAUAUCGAUGAUCCAUCUCACUUCUGGGUUGUUUACAACACUCCCGUUAUGAAAAAGAUGUUGAAAGUCGUCACAGAUCUUCUAAACGCUCCUGGAAAUUUAGGAAGUCCUAAGAAUGUGAUAAAAGGCAACAUGUACGCUGUUAGAUUCCAUGAUGAUGAUUCCAUGUGUUACUAUAGAGCUCGAGUUAUGGAAGCUAAGCCAAAAUCUAUUAAGGGCAAAGCUAACUUCAUGUACAAAGUCUUUUUUAUUGACUUUGGAAAUACAAUGGAAGUCAGUCGAGAUGAUGUGAUGGAAUUUACUCCAAAAAUAAACCAAAAACUAGCAGAGAUGAAAAUAGAUCAAACCAUCGAGGAACUUCCCGAACUAGCCAUCCAGUGUUCUUUAUCUGAAAUAAAACCAUCUCAGAUAAGAGGAGGUGAUUGGACUAAAGAUGCUACCAGGCGUUUUAUCGAUCUGGCGCUCAACGAUCAUUUCAUGGCACAUAUCUAUUCUAUUGUUUAUGGGAUUGUCUCCGUUGAGCUGUACAGGCCAGUGAGCCUUGAAAAACAAACAAUCGGCAAAACAAUCAACAAUAUUUUAAUUGAAGAAGGGUUUGCAGAAAAAUGCGAAGAAAGCUUUCAGUCUAUGAUGGACCACUUCAGGCGCAUUAGUCUAGACGAGAAUGAAACAUCAUACGCAGUGGAUGAUACAAUGUCUGCACCUUACCAUAAACUGUGGGAAGGUCCUCCAGAAGUCAAAUUAGACCUCAGUCAUAAUCGCAGAGUGAGACAGGCUUUCUUGCGAGGUCCUGUGUCACCGUUAGAGAUGAGAGUUCACCCAAUCAGCCAAGGAACAAGGCAUGCCAGCUCCAAUAUUGACUGGAAUUCUGUGAAUUCGAUUCUCCUAGAUGCAGAACCUGAGAACUCUAACGAUCGUCUGAUAGUUGCAGGUUUCGUGAGUACCAGUGAGAAUGGUGAACAUCUGUCCCUCAGGGAAACCACGCUUAUGCCCAACAUAGGAGGGCUGGUCGGGAUCUUGUGUCUUUUGUUCGCACCCUCUGCAGAACUGCGACUAAACAAAUAUGAAACUAAAAUCACUGGUGCUGUAUGUGGUCUCGGUUACGACCCAAUCACAAAACGACCCUACAACCCAACUAAUGAUAUUGAAGUGGUUUUUGAUGCAGAGUUAGACAAUAAUGAUAUAGAGCUAAUUAAUAACCUUAGAUUUUAUUUGAACAAGUUUUUCCAAAAUAUGGGUGGUGAUGAAUUCAGAGAACUUCUGCCUAAACGGACUCGUGUGAAAGAGCUUUUGCUUGAUUUGUUGACACGUAGACGAUAUUUCCAAAAUUUAAUGCCCCGUGCAAAAGCUUUCACAUGGGGCCGUAUGCCAUCCAAGAGGCUGAUCCCAGUCGAUGAGGAACAUGCAGAUGAUACCAAAGUUUUUAAAUAUCAUGCAGGAGUUUUGCUGGAAGAACACGAACCGCCGGAAGUGAGAAAUGAAAUACGUAGAAAUCUUUUAGAACUCUACAAAGUAUCAAAAGGUGACAUUAAAGAUCGUUCUGAUGGUGUUUGCAAAUUGUGCAAUAAUGUAGAGUUUAAAAACCGCAAAAAAAUUGAGAUGCAUCUCAUGUUACCACAUCAUAGGCAAAAGGAGAAAAAAAUGUUUAAAAUGAAUUUAGAGAAUUUCCCGGAAGUUAGGAAUGUGAUACCUGCUCUAACGCAAGGCAGGUCUCAAACUGAGUCGUACGGUCAAGUUGGUAUGAAAUUUGACUGUCCCACACCCCGUGGUCGUGGCAGAGGAAAACAAAAAAGUCGGCACUGGGACACUAAUAUUCCUGGCCCCAGUAGAAAUUAACAGAACAAAGCCCUGUUUCAUAAAAAAUACUCCAUAAACCAUCAAUAUUAGAUACACAAAUUGGAGGAGGGUACUCAGCAAAUGAGGUUCAUGUGACUUGACUUCUCUGUGGGUAAAAUUAUGUUGUUACCAAGCCUUGUUACCUUACAUUGAUGUCAAUCCAUAAAUUUUUGUAAUCAUUUUAUUGCUUUAUGACACUCAUUGAGAUUUGGUGAACUAAACAGAUCGGAUG